UUCCCAGGACGCUAUAAAAAGGCCGCCCCAUCUCUGUCAGACACAACACUCACUCAUCUGAGCCUUACUGACCUACACCUGCUGCGGAGAAACACCGACAUCAUCUGAAAAUGGACCCUUGUGACUGCGCCAAGAGUGGAACCUGCAACUGCGGAGGAUCCUGCACCUGCACAAACUGUUCCUGCACCAAAUGCAAGAAAAGCUGCUGCCCAUGCUGCCCAUCUGGCUGCAGCAAGUGCGCCUCUGGCUGCGUGUGCAAAGGGAAGACAUGUGACACCAGCUGCUGUCAGUGAGCCUGGCCAUCAGCCCCUCUCUGCCACAGUGAUGGUGUCUGUUUAAUCAACUCUAAGUUAAUUGCAGUUGCAAUUGUCUACAAAUAAUAAUGCUCAAGAUUUUGUACUUGUCUUUGAUGUUGAAAUAAACGUGUUUCCUUAAAGUG